AUGUAUCAGUAUCCGGAAAUCCGCAAGUUUUUUAAGGAGUUACCCAGCACAUGGCUGAGUCCCGCUGCGCCUUCUCUCCAACAUCUCUCGCUCUGCUCGCGUGAAUACGCGGGCUUUUACCCUCACCUGGACCUCUCCAAUCUGUUCUUUCCACGCCUGAAGACGCUAUCACUAGGAAACUUCUGUUUCUUCCAUGAUGGCCAAAUCGACUGGAUUCUGAAGCAUGGCGACACCCUCGAGGAAAUCUACUUCGAUGACUGCGCCGUCCUCUACGACUUUUGUAUGAUGGAAGAGAAUGUAGAAGCCUGUGCUCUACCUAGGGACACCUUGGUGCGCCGCGAGGGCGGUAAAUCUUUGUAUGGUUCGUUCGAGAAGCGAUGGCACGAUAUUUUCGAUCUAUUUGCAGAAAAACUACCAAAACUACGACACUUUCGAAUCGGCAGUAGUAAUUGGUACCCAGAUAUUCCAUUUGAGCAGGAGAGGGAUAUCAAGGUCGGGCUGUAUUACAAUCGGUACAUGUGCUGCUAUGAUGGAUAUGGCCCUUCGCCUUAUAUGGAAGGUGAGGAUCCCGCAAGCCUUGAGAAUGCGUGGAGACCGUCACCAGAAUGUGACGACGAGGAUCGUGCGGCACUGCGGAAACUAUUGGCAAAGCUUGGGCAAUCGGUCCAGGAAAAUUAUUCGAAUUCAUACUCUGGUGGUCGUAUAGUGGAUCUUGUUCAGAGGAGAUACGGAUCCGCAGAGUGA